GCCCGAGGGGCGCCAGUGCUGCCCCGCGCUCUGACACGCUCGGUGCUCUUCACAUACUCACGCGCAAGUUCGUUUCGAGUGUCCGCGAUAACUCCGAUAACGAUACACCACCGCGGGCGUCCGCCGACUGCGCGCUGAUCCGUAGUUUUCGCGCUGUCGAAACCUCCAGAUCGAAUCGAGUGUGAAUUUCGGAUGCUUGUAAUUACAUUAUCUCUGUGUUAGUUAAGUGCUAAUUUGUGAGAUGAGGCCGAAGGAGGAAGCGGACGCAAAAGUCCAAUCGGGGGCUUUCAUUUUAUCUGAGAAGAUCGACGACUCUAGAUCUAAAAGAAGCGAGAAAGAGAUUAAAAAAGAGAUGAAAAGGCUUGAGAAGGAGAAGCUGGAGCGAGAGAAACGUGAGAGGAAGAUGCGGGAAAAGGAAAAGGAACGCGAAAAGCCGGCGAAGAAAGGCAAGGUGGUGUGCGGCGCUUGCGGCGGCAAGUGCAGCGGCGAGGUGCUGCGCGUCUCCGACAAGUACUUCCACACGGCGUGCUUCACCUGCCGCACCUGCUCCGCCUCGCUGGCCCGCGGCGGCUUCUUCUGCAAGGACUCCCACUACUACUGCCCGCAGGAUUACCAGCGCGCGUUCGGCACGCGGUGCGCGGCGUGCAACCAGUACGUCGAGGGCGAAGUGGUCUCAGCUCUCGGGAACACCUACCACCAGAAAUGUUUCACGUGCGCGCGCUGCAAACGCGCGUUCCCCUCCGGCGAGAAGGUGACGUACACGGGCGCCGAGGUGGUGUGCAGCGCGUGCGUGGCGCGCGGCCCGCAGCGCGAGACGGUGCGCGCGCGCUCGCCGCUCGCCUCGCCCGCGCGCUCGCCGCUCGCCUCGCCCACGCCCGAGCCGCCCGCCACCCCCACCACGCUCAACGACGUCAGCGACUCGCUCAAUCAGAAUGAAUGUGCGGGUUGUGGUCAAGAUCUGCCAAUAGGUCAAUCACUAAUAGCUCUUGACAGACAAUGGCACAAGAGCUGUUUCGCUUGCGGCGUGUGCGGCUGCGUGCUGCAGGGCGAGUACAUGAGCUACGGCGGCGUGCCGUACUGCGAGCGCGACUACCAGCGCCUCUACGGCGUGCGCUGCGCACACUGCGACCGCUUCGUGUCCGGCCGGGUGCUGCAGGCGGGCGAGAACCACCACUACCACACGGCGUGCGCGCGCUGCAUCAAGUGCGGGGACUCCUUCGGCGAGGGCGAGGACAUGUACCUGCACGGAGCGGCCAUCUGGCACCCGCGCUGCGGCCCGCCGCCGCACGACCUGCGCAGCGCCGACCGCGCCUCCUCCGAGAUGCAGUUCUCGCUGCGCUCGCGCACGCCCAGCGUCAACGGCUCGUACUGCAGCCCCUACAGUAGCCUCACGCGCAAGUUCGGCUCGACGUCGGGCUGCACGUCGCCCGGCCUGCAGCUGCGCGAGCGCGGGUCGCGCGAGCACACGCCGCAGCGCGUGACCGCGUACUCGUACCUGCUCAACGAGACGCCCACGCUGCGCCGCCCGCUGCAGCCCUACGACCGCGCGCCCGCCUCGCCGCACUUCCACCGCCCGCCCUCGCAGUCGUCGCGGCCAUCUUCCCGCGCCGGCGCCAGCAGCAAGUCCUCCCACCGGCCUGGCAUGAGGGUGCUGGUGGACUCCAUGCGAAGUGAGACUCCCAGGCCCAAGUCUCCCCACAUGAACAAUGAGGAGCCGAUCGAGCUGUCGCACUACCCGGCGGCGUACAAGCCGCCUCCCGGCACGCAGCCCAAGAUCGAGCGGGACGACUUCCCCGCGCCGCCCUACCCCUACACGGACCCGGAGCGCCGCCGUCGCUGGUCGGACACUUACAAGGGCGUAGAAAGCGAUUCCGACGAGCCCCAGGCUGGCAAAGAUGAGGCGGACAAGCAGGAACUCACCAACGGACAACUCAACGGACACGCCGACAGCAAGCUUGUCAAGGAGCGCACUGAGCUCAGCAAGAUACAGAGCGGGAUUGCGCAGGUAUUCCUGAAAGAAGUGAAAGAGCGCGAGAAGAUGCAACAAUGGAAGAAACAGAACUUGGACCCGCGGAAUGCGAGCAGGACGCCGUCGGCGGCGCGCGAGCCGGUGCUGCGCCUGCGCUACCCGUCGCCGCUCGGCGCCUCGCCCUCGCGCUCGCUGGACCGCGCGCACGCGCACCCGCACCAACCCGCCGCCGCGCACAGCCACAUGCACAUCCCGCCCUACCACGUGGUGUCGUCGCGGGCGGCGCCGCGGCCGGGCUACGGGCUCGCCAACCGCUCGCAGACCUUCUCCAGCACUGCGGGCGACUUCACAUUCAGCGGCAUGGGCGACAAGACGCACAGCACGGACUUCAGCAGCGGCAAGUCAGACAUAUCUGCCGGUUCCAUUACAGACGUGGAUAGGAGUGCUGCGACGACGACCGACGGCAUCCUGGCGGUGCACGUGCGGCCCGCGGGCAGCGCCCUGGGCGGCGCGCACGGCGGCGCGGGGCUCGGGCCCCGGGGCAGCUCAGGCGGCGUGAGGAGAUCCCUCCCCAACAUGGCGACGAGCCACCUGGUGCACGAGCCGGCCAAGCUGUACCCCUACCACCUGCUGCUCAGCUCCAACUACCGCCUGCCGCCCGACUGCGACCGCCUCAACCUCGAGCGGCACCUGUCGGACGCGGAGUUCGAGGCGGUGCUGCAGCUGCGGCGGCCCGACUUCUACCGCCUGCCGCAGUGGCGCCGCCACGAGCUCAAGCGGCGCGCGCUGCUGUUCUAGGCGACACGACGGGCGAACGACAGGCCACAUACGCCCGCGUGGCUUGCUUUGGACAGUGAACGGAGAUUAUUGGCACAAUUUUCCAGGAGGAGAAACUUUACGUUUAAAUUUUACGAGCACCUUGCGCUAAAAAAGAACAAAAGAAGAAAAAAGAGAGGGUUUUGUUUAGAAAUGUAGCUGUUUUACCGGGGUGGUUAUGCCUUUUAAACGAAUUGUAAAUUUAAUUAAGUACAUAACUCUUUGAUUAUAAAUAUUCUACAUCUAAAUAGUUAUUUCCUAAAACUAAAAUAAUGAAAAUGCCAUCGAUAUCAACAGUAGUUGCGCGGAGGUUGCAAUAUUAUAUUGUGUUUUAUAAGAGGUGUGUCAUUUAUGAGUUAUAGUAAGAACUCUCAUACAGUAAUGGAUUUAUUGUAGGAGAGCCGCUAAUAUUUGGCUGCAGCCGACGGCGCGGUGAGAUAAACAUCUUUCAUUUGAAUAUGUCAGGUAUUUGAUUGUUUACAAACUUUUUGACAGUAAAAAUAAAUUUUACUUACUCAGGCAUUUGGAGAAGGUAAUAAAUUUAAUAUUGAUAAUUGAAAUUCCUACUGUAUGAAAACGGACUUUAAAAGAAAGUAGAGAAAUAUUCUACAAAGAGUGUGGUAAUUUAGGAAUUAAAUUAUUAGUAGGUGUAUGUGGCUUUAUUUAUAGGGCUUGCCUUGUAUAGCGAGAGAGAGAGAGAGGUACUCUAGUACAGUGGACCACACAGAGAAGUAUACCGCCUUCGUGUUUUAUAGUUAUCUGUGUCGCCCACUUUGGAAAAACAAUUUACUGAUAGUUGUUUCUGUCGCUUAUGCGCUUAACAUUAUGUAGAAUUGCCGUCAACUUAAACGCUGGUGUAUGCUUUGUCCUUAAAUUAUAAUAUGGCGUGUUGGUACUUGAAAUUUAAAAGACAAGUUAUUCAAAUUGUGAGAGCGGGAGGAAGUAAGAAAAUGUGCAAGAGCGACAAAGACAGAGUAUCUCGACGUAGAGCAACAAAGCUAUAGACCGCGCGGUCGGCGCCCGCUUAGCGUAAAUGAUAUUAAUAAAUUCACAUAAUAAUAUAUUUGAUCGAAGAUUAUAAUUAGCAGUGUGGUGUUCAUAGAACUCGCUCCGUACUGAUGCCUUGUUUUGAUAAAGAUAAUAUAUAUGUGAUGGAGUGCGAUUUAGUGAGAACCAAAUAUGUUGUGAGCUUGUGUUAGAACGCCUGGGACGAUUGUGUGAGCGUAGGGCUUCGGACAACGGCAGCAGUGGACGCAUCGGAAAUAGUAGACAAUUUACAAAAUAUCUGUACUGUAACAUAUAUUAGGUUUGACCCAUAAAAAUAACGGAGAAACGUAAGGAAAACCCAGUUAUUUCAAAAUUUAACCAUAAAAAUGUCUAACAUUUUGCAUUUGUAUGCUUAAACAAAAGCAGUACCUGCCACCUGCUGCUAAUUCUAGUUUCUACAGAAUUGUUAAAGCAUAACUUGUAUAAAUAUUGUCGAUGGUCCGCCGUUGCCACGUCUAUUAUUAUUGGUUGUAGCUGCGAUGCAAACUAUAUUUUAAAACGCGAUGAGCGGUCAAAAGCACACAAUUUUAAGGGGAUUUGUGUGCAGCCUCCAGCACUUGCGGCUAAGAAGAAAUUGUUGUUAUUUUAGUGCGCGGUAUCCCUACACAGGUGCUAUGCGAACCGCUUCACAUUCGCCGGAUCAGAGCUUUCAUGCCGUGUCAUUGAUGACGUAGCUGCGGUCUCGCUCGUACUUUAUAGGUAGGUACUGAUUAUAUAACACAUAUUCAAAGAUAUUUAAAUUAAUCAGAAUGUGAACUGCAGUCGUACGAGCGGGACGGCGGGGAAGUGUAACGUAAGCUUCACACACGUGUAAAAGUAAUAAAUAAUUGUUCCUAGACGUGUGUGCGUGAGAGUGUGUACUGUCACAGGUACUUUAUUGUUUUUAAUGUUAUUUAGACUUUAAAUGCAGUCGCAAUCUAAGUUUUAAAAAUAUAAUCGAUAUUUUUAUUGGACGGCUUGCGCAAUUAUUUUUUAAUUUAAGUAGUGUUUAGUUUACACGGAGUUAGUAUUUAAUUGUUAGUGCUGCCGCGUGGGAUUUCAACAGCGAACAUUCCUAUAUCUGUCUCGUUCUAUGGUUCUUUCUUGCGCGCGCGCAGGUUCCCGCAAUAAUAUUCGUGAUAUAUAAUAUUUUAUCGUUCGCCUUGCGAUUCCAUUUGGCAGUGUUUGUCGAGCUCCGUGUGGACUACGUUCCAAUCAAAACUCAAUAUUUUAUCACAGCGCUAACCACAGGUUUUUAAGAUUUUAUUUUAGAUAUACAGGAUUUUUAAGGAUCUGUCCACUAGAGAUAGACGUGGUAAUUAAAGCGGGGCAAUAAUUCUUCUAUUUGAGUAUCUGCACUUGACCGUGGCUUCGCUCACGCGGAAGCGGCCGUUCCUGAUGCAUUAUUAUAGUGCUUUUAUUCAUCACUUUCGCAUUACAAUUUUUAUUUUACAUUUAUAUUUUAUUCGCUGAGACAUGGAUGUGGCCUGCCUGUAAAAGUAUCCAUUGUGCGGUGAGUUUUGUUUGGAAUGAAUCAUAUUAUGGUAGCUGUAGUAUAAGAGAACGACACACGCCUAACGAUGUUACCAGCCGGUGGCGGCGCCGCGGCUCGCUCUUUACGGUUGACACUAUCAUAGACAGUUAUUAUUUUCAAAUAACGACUAUGUUCCUUUUUUAUUUAUGAUUUCAACUAGGUAUAGUGACAUCUAUCAAACAUUUUUAAACUUGUCUAUUUCAUAAAAUAAAACGAGAUUUUUCAUAAAUUCCGAGUGUCAGGGUUUCUCAAACCUGGGCGCGUCUGGGAAUCGCUAUAGUCGUAGAGGUACAACCUUCGGGAGCUUUAUUGAUCCAUGCAAUAAGUUCACAGCGCGUCCAAUUUUCAGUGCAAUACUUUAUUUUAUUCAUCUACUUACUAUUUAUUUAUUUAUUUAAUACGUCCAUGUAAUGGCCCGUUUUUAACUAAAUAAGAUAAAGGUUUUUUUUAAUAUAAUGAAGGUUUAAUAUAUUUAUAGUGAGCUCCUGAGCUUGUAUCGAGAGAGUAAAUGGAGAGGAAAAUGUUUGAGAAACCCCGAGCCGGAGCCCCGGGCGAGCGAGCGGCGCCGCGCAGACAGAAGUUGAUAUCUACUGUAUCUAUCUGUAUAUAGUAUAUUUUGUAAUAACGCUUAACAUAUUAUAUUAUAUUUAAUGUACGUAUUUCUGCUGGCAGUUCGGAUUAUUGUAAUUUGACAAUUUUAUCUAAAGCGUGGAAGACAUCGGCGAUGUAAGGAAAUAAUAAUAAAAGCUGCAUUUCCGAUUGUGA